UAUUUCUGCAGUUUAUUUUAGUAAAUUGUACUAUUUUCAGUAAAUAAUUACAAUAAUAUUUUAUGGCAACUGAAGAAAUUGAAGAAUAUGAAUUUAAAGAAAGUAUAAAAAAUGCAAGAAAGGCACUUGCUCUUUGCUUAUGCAAUAAGUUUACGGAAGCACAAAAGUUUCUUCAAACAUUAGAUGGAUCCUGUAUGUAUCAUUCACUAUCCAUAUCAACAAUUGCCUAUCUUCAAGCAGUCUUGACAUAUGAACAGAAAUAUAUUCAACUGGCCCACGAAAAAGUUAAAGAAACUUUGAAAAUUUGCGACAAACAAAGAAAAAAACGAUCUUGGAAUGAGUCCAUUUAUAGCUGGUUUGGAAAGCCUUACUUUGACGACUUUUCAAUUAUUGAACUUCAUGCUGAAUUAUGUUAUGCAGAAUGUCUCCUUGAAGAAGCACUUCUUACUUUUUUACAGGAUGAAAAUUUGAUUAGUUUUGUGAAAGGUGGGCUUAAGAUACGUAAUGCAUACCAACUAUACAGGUGUUGUCUGAUUGCGUUGGAGCAAAACCCAUUUUCAUUAAAAGGAUCUUCAACAAGAGCAGAUUUUGAAAGUGGCGUAGAAAUGGGAAUGGGUACAUUUAAUUUGCUUCUGUCUUUACUACCUCCUCGUGUCUUAAAAUUGCUUGAAUGGGUUGGUUUUUCAGGAGAUAAGGAACAGGGUCUUUUUCUUCUCGAUAAAGGCUGUAAUUCAAAAGGUUUAAGGGAUGCAAUGUGCGGUAUCACCCUUCUUGGUUUUCAUCUUGUUGUAUCUCCUUUGUUAGGUAUUGGUGACAGUGACAUUAGCUAUAGUUCAAAACACCUUUCAAGAUACAUGGAAACUUACCCAAAUAGUAGUUUGUUUUUAUAUUUUUCUGGUCGGUUGUUGCAAACACAAUGUCAAAUAAAAGAGGCUCUGAUUGAAUAUGAAAAAUCUGUGUCAGUCAAUAUUGAUUGGAAGCAAAUUCACCAUAUAUGUUAUUGGGAAAUGAUGUGGUGUUACAGUUUCAAAGGAGAUUGGUCAAAUGCGGCAAUGUAUGCCAGCAUUCUUGCUGAUGAAAGUAAAUGGUCAAAGUCAUCAUACAAGUAUAUGCAUGCAGCCUUUCUUAUUAUGCAGCAGCCAGAAUGUAACAAAGAUUUGAAUCAGUCAAAGUUAUUUAAAGAAAAAAUUGAAAAACUUUUGGAUGAGGUAGUCCAACAUAAACAAAGAAUUGCUGGAAAAUCAAUUCCUUUUGAAAAAUUUGCUGUGACUAGAGUGCACAAAUAUCGUGAAACCGGCAGAUUAAUUUUGCCAGGAUUAGAAAUCAUUCACAUAUGGAAUGGCUUUACCAUGUUUCACAAGCAUGAAAAUACAUUGAGAGAAUUUUUACUUCUUACAGAAAAAUCACUGAAUGGAUUACAAGAAGAAACAGGUUUGUCUAAACAUCACCAUGACAAUGUAUGUCUUUGCAAACUUUUGCAAGGCAUUUGCUUACACCAUUUAAAGAAGAAUGAGCAGGCUGAGAAAGUCCUCACAGAAGUAGCAAACAGCCCUUUUACAAGUCAUUCAAGUAAAAUGGAUUCUUAUUAUCCACCUUUUGCUGCUGCCGAGCUAGCUUUUAUGUUUAAAAAUUCAGGCGAACUUGAAAAAGCAUUGGAAUAUUUUAAUUAUGCUUUAGAAAAUUAUUCGAAUUAUGGUCUCGAGAAUCGCUUGCAUUUUCGAUUACACAGUGCUAUUGCCAAUCUAAAGAAGUUAAACGAAUAAAACAUGAUGAAAAGCAUUUCUGUUGGUUAACACAAAAUUGAUUAUAUACAAGAUGUGUA